GGGAAGAAUAGUAAAGUGCAGAAUAGCAACGGAAUGGAUCCACUUUCAUUUAAGAUAUCUGUGGGCUCUGCAUUUUUGUUGAUUUGCAUAAUAAUUCAUUUUCCAUUUUCAACAGCAUGUUUACAAGAUGAAAGAAGUUACUUGCUGGAUUUCAAGGGUGGCCUUAAUUUAUCCUCAGCAAGUACAUUAUCGUCUUGGCGGGGAUUCAACUGUUGUGAGUGGGCGGGUGUUGCCUGUGACUAUCAUACAUCCCAUGUCAUUCGCCUUGAUUUAAGUAAUGUCUUUCAUGAAGAUGGUUGGGACAGGAGGAGACAGCUUCGUCCAUCUCUGUUUGAUCUGCAGCAUCUACAGCACUUGGAUCUCAGCUCCGGUUACUUUUCAGGUAUUUCUAUUCCUUUCCAGUUGUUCAAAUUGCAGAAACUCACAUUUCUCAGCUUGUCAAAAGGUGGAUUUUGUGGUGAAGUCCCUCUGGAGUUGGGAAAUAUGUCAAGCUUGUGUCAUUUGGAUAUUUCAUAUAAUUACUUGGAAGAUUGUGAGUUGAAAAGUAGUAAGUUUGAUGUAUGGGUGAGAAAUCUAAGAAGCCUGGAAUUCUUACGAAUGGCUGGAGUGAACCUGACAAUGGCGUCUGAGCAGUGGGGUGAGGCCCUCAACGGUCUUACCAAUCUUACCCAGAUUCACUUGUCUUACUGUUUUCUCUCAGGUAAGAUUCCAGAUCUCUCAAACCUCACCCAUUUAUCACAUCUGGAUAUGUCAAGCAAUUCAUUCCCGUUUGAGCUACCCUCUUGGUUUGAGAAUGUAACUUCAUUGGUUUCACUUGAUCUCUCCUACUGUGGUCUAAAUGGUUCCAUCCCUUCCAAUUUCAUGGCCCGCUCAAGAAUGAGCAAUCUUGUGCUCGGUCAUAAUAAUGACCUGAAAGGAAACCUUUCUUUCAUUCUAAGCCAUUCUACCUCACUGGUCGUGUUAUCUCUUCCUUGGUGCAAUUUAGGAGCAUUAGUCCCCUCUAUUUCAAAUUUUUCAAAACUUGAGACAAUGGAUCUAUCCUAUAACAAUUUGGAUGGAAGUAUAUCAUCCUUUCUUGGCAACUUUUCGUCCCUUAAGAGAAUAAAUCUAGACAGAAACAAUUUGGAGGGUACCAUACCAUCCUCUUUAGGCAGUUGUUUGUCCCUUAAAUAUAUGUACCUUAGUUACAACCGGUUAAGUGGCCCUAUUCCUCAGUCUCUGUCUCAGAUUCCAACAUUACGUAUGCUCGCUCUAGACCAUAACCAACUGUCAGGAACAAUUCCAGAUUCCGUUUCAAAUCUGACUAGUCUAGAGGAGAUGCUAAUUUCUUCCAACCGAUUAACAGGCAAUUUUUCUCUUCAGCUACUUGAAAACGUGACUUGCAUUGAAAUCUUAAACCUUUCCGAAAAUGAGCUUCUCGUUAACAUACCGAAAAGUUGGGUUCCUCAGUUUUCCCGCCUGUUGUUCCUUGGAUUGGGGUCUUGCAAUAUAGAAGGCGACUUACCUGCUUUUUUGUCCCAGCAAUUUCUGUUGGAACUGCUAGAUCUUCCAGAUAACAAGAUUGUGGGAAAUCUUCCUUUGUGGCUGUGGGAUCUUCCUAAUCUUCAGUAUCUCAAUCUUUCAAACAAUCAACUGGAAGGUUGUUGUCUACCCCGCAAAGUAUCUCAUAAUUUUACAAUGGUGGACUUGCAUGGGAAUAGAUUAUAUGGCUCUCUUCCUGCUCUUGAUUUUGUUUCAGAUAUAUUAGAUAUAUCAGAUAAUGAGUUUAAUGGCUCUAUUCCUGCAAGAGUUGGCACAUCAUACUCUCUAUCAUUGUCGGGGAAUAAUCUAACUGGACAAAUUCCAAGUUCUAUAUGCUCCGGUCCAUAUUCUCUUGAUGUUUUGGACUUGUCCAAAAACAAGUUAAUUGGUAUGAUUCCUGCAAACAUUGGGAGGUGUUCUGGACUAUCAGUUUUAAAAUUAGCUCAAAAUAUUUUGCAAGGGAAGAUUCCAAAGGAGUUGGGAAACCUGACGGCUCUCCACACAUUGAAUCUCAAUGGAAACAAGUUGCAAGGUAUUAUUCCUUCAUUCAUUGCAAAUUGCAAGCAUCUCCAAGUAUUUGAUUUGGGAAAUAACAAAUUUGAAGGCAACAUUCCUGUUUGGGUAAAUGAUCUGACAGAUUUGAGAAUUCUCAGCUUAGGUUCUAAUAAGUUUAUUGAUAGAAUUCCCCCUCAGCUGUUCAGGAUGCAAAAUCUUCAAAUUAUAGAUUUAUCUGGUAAUCAAUUAUCAGGAAGCAUUCCUCCAGAUGUUACCAAGUUAUAUGCUAUGCUCAAUAAUUCACAAAGUUUUGAUGUGCAACAUUACGAAGAUCAUUGCAGUUCUUAUUUUACAGCCUCAAAUUGUGAAUUCAACUUUGCCGAUGAAGUAACUGUUUGGAUAAAAGGAAGGGAAGCUUCAUAUGAAAAGAUAAUCAAAGCACAUAAGUUCAUGGAUCUAUCGCGUAAUCAGUUGUCAGGCAAUAUUCCUCCAGAAUUGGGACUCCUUAAGGGUUUGAUUUCUCUCAACAUAUCAAAAAAUAAUUUGAGUGGCUCAAUUCCAGAAUCCUUAGGAGCCAUGGCUUACUUGGAAUCUUUGGAUCUAUCAAAAAACAUUUUGUCAGGAAAAAUUCCUUCCCAACUCUUAAAUCUCACAUUCCUUGCUGUGUUAAAUCUUUCAGACAACAUGCUUUUUGGGUUAAUUCCACAGGGGAAGCAAUUUUCAACUUUUGAAGCUUCUUCUUUUCUAGGAAAUCCCAAUCUCUAUGGACCUCAACUUGAAAACAUGACAUUGCCUUCUGGUUUGGAUGGUAGAGAGAAUCACAAUAAUACAGUUGCUAGAGAUGGAGAUGGAGAUGUAAUGGAUCAAUGGUGGGCAGUGGGACUGGGGUUAAGUUACGGAUUGGGAUUUGCUACUGUGAUUGCAGUGUUGUGCUUCCACAUGAAAUGGAGAUACAUAUGCUUUUCUCACAUGGACAGUUUUAUUUAUUAUCUUCUAGAACGAUGAUUCUUUGAAGCUAAUACUCAAUCCUAUGAUAAAUAUGUACUGAAGAUUUGUAUUGUUGAUUGAUAAAUAUGUACUGAAGAUUUGUAUUGUUGCUGAUAUUAAUAUUGGUCUAUUUUUAUUGUUGUAGCAUGUGCUAAAAACAAAUAGUUUUUAGUUUAGUUAACUUGUUGUAGAAUGUGCUUUUGAUAUUAAAUACAAUGUUUGUAUGUCUUCAACUCAAGACAUUUGGUGUAUGAGGCCACAAUUUAAAAUUUGAUUAAGGUAAACUACCUAUUGAUUGGGUUA